UCAACAACAUGUACUUGUUGUAGAACUAGGGAAGAUGAGGAACAUGCAGCUGUUGACAACGCUGGUGGCUGCUGUGCUGCUGUCAUCUGGGGCUGACGGGUGCCCGCCCUACGUGGAACUUGCUACGACCACAACGUACAACUACCAGUCCCUUCACCAGCAGGGUGUGGAGUUAACGCCUGGAGCCACGUCGUUCAAGUUCAAGGUCCGUGCGUCAAACGAUGCUCACGUGGCCCUGCUACAGGAUGAUGGAGUAACCGAUCGGUACAUAUACGAGAUUGUGAUUGGUGGAUGGAGAAACACCCAAUCAGUGAUCAGAACAGGCAUGCAGCAUGACAACAGGGUGACAGCUCGCCACCGACCUCUGAGUGCAACUCGGUUCCGUGAUUUCUGGAUUUCUUGGGAUAGCGGUGUGAUCUCUGUUGGAACUGGCACGGCUGUUGGAGCUGGGAGGUUCAUGUCGUGGAGAGACCCCUCCCCUCACCCCGUCAGGUACAUCGCUGUGUCUACUGGAUGGGGGUCAACGGGUGUGUGGAGGUUUGAGCCCAACGUUCCAUCAGCUUGUCUGGAAACGGGUGACGACUACCACUACCAUUCCCUCGAGAAUCUCGGUUUUCAACUCAACGGACAAACAUCCUUCACCUUCUGGGUAAAGACCACUAAUGACGCUCACAUCGCGUUGCUUAGCAACAGAGACAACUACGAUCACAGCAUGUUCGAAAUCGUCAUAGGAGGCUGGCGAAACACCCAGUCCGUCAUCAGAAACAGGAAGCAAGGACCAAAUCUUGCUUCUGUGCGCCACAUGCCGCUUUCUGGAAGCAAGCACCAGCCAUUCUGGAUAAGCUUCAGUGGUAGUAGGAUCUCCGUAGGUUCUGGCAGAGUGGUCGGGAGACGUACCUUCCUGUCGUGGAUAGACCAAUCAGUAACACAGAUCAGAUAUGUGAGCGUCGCCACUGGAUGGGGCUCCACAGGAAAGUGGAUUUUCUAGUCAGUCGAUCCACAAGAAGACAACAGGACUUUUCACUAUUGUGAGCAUGGGAGCAGCGGAUACCUGGCCCCACCUGUAGACAUAUGCAUAUGCAUAAACAUACAUUCUAAUUCAUAGGCAAAAUAAUACAGCCUUCCAAAUAUGAAGGAUAAUACUUUUUUCUGCUUAUUCUGUUUUAAACAGAUUUAUUCUUGUAUUUACUAAGAAAGUGUAAUUCCAAAUACAACUUAUGUUAACUUAUGUUAGAUUUCUUUUAUCUGAUAUAGUGGAUUAAUAUUUGUUCUGCUAAUUCUGUUUUUAACAGAUUUAUUCUUUAUCUGAUAUAGUGGAUUAAUACCUUUUCUGCUAAUUCUGUUUUAAACAGAUCUAUUCUUAUCUGAUAUAGUGGAUUGAUACUUUUUCUGCUAAUUCUGUUUAAACAGAUUUAUUCUUUAUCUGAUAUAGAAAUCCAGUAAGUCCUAACAUUCAUCACAAUUAUUGUAUUCAAUUUAUUUACAGUAUUCUUGUCCGUGCUGUUAUGUACAAAAUACAACGUGCAUAAAUUGUUUCGUACUGAAAUAAAAUUACUGAAAUGUG